AUGGUUACAUGGUAUUCUUUAUCGAUCAUUAUAGUUCUAUUCUUUAUUGAUCCAUCAAUUGAACAAGGAACAUUAAAUUUUCUUGAUAAUUAUCGAUCAUCUUGUAAACACCAUCAACAAGGCAAUGUUAAUCUUAUUAUUUCAGCACCACAUGGUGGUACUUUGCUACCAGAUGAUCUACCUAAUCGAACAAUAGGUGGUUGUCUUCGUAAAACAGGUACAAAUGCUGGUAUUUGUACAUGGUGGUUUAAUGAUACUUGUACUGAUGGAGAACGUUGCAAUGCAACAACUGUAAGAGAUACGCUUAGCGAUGAAUUUGCUGAAAAUGUUGCAAAUGAAUUGAAUAUACAAUAUCAACUUAAACCAUUUAUUGUUAUUGGUAAAUGGAAUCGUAUUAAAAUUGAUUUUAAUCGAGAAAUUAAUGAAGCGACAUUAAAUCAUCCAGAAGCUAUUGCUGCUCAUCAUAGUUAUCAUUCAAAUAUUCAACAAGCUAUUAAUAAAAUUAAUCAAAAUUUUGGUAAAGGUCUACUUCUUGAUAUACAUGGGCAUUCAGCUGGAAAUUAUACUAUGGUUGGAUAUCUUCUAACAAGUAAUCAAUUAAAUGUGAAUAAUCUCAAUACAUUAUCAGUCACAACAUCAAUUGAAUCUUUAUGUAGUUCAAAUCGAGAAGAAUGUAUUCGUGGUCAUAGUUCAUUCGGUACAGCACUUGAAUUAAAUAAUCUUGGUAUUGCUUAUCCAUCAUUAGCAAAUCCUAAACCAGGUACUUUAAGAUUUUUUUCUGGUGGUUAUAUAACAAGUAAUUAUAAAUCAACAAUUAAUACAAUUCAAACUGAAUUACCAUAUGAUAUUCGCGCAGGAAAUAAUCGACGUACAUAUGCUAGAAAUUAUGCAAAAGCUAUCAUACAUUAUAUGAAACUAAAUAAUUUACUAUUGUCAAACUAA